UCAUUAUCGUCAAGGACGUCUCUCGAUCCGCCCCAGUGAAAUUUAAUUCAAUCACAGCUGUCAUGUCUCGACUAAUGCAGUUUUUCAUGUCAAUUGAAAUAAAUAAAAUAAACGGAGCAACUUUUGAAUCACUCAUACCAGAGGCAAGCCGUAAAAUCGAAAAAUAUGCAAUAUUUAAAUUCAAGGUUAUUGGGGAAGCCAAAAUUGUUGCGAUUCUUGAAGUAGAAGAUGCUACAGUUUUGGAUACGGUCACUUCAACCUUAAUGGUUUCUGGUCCCUUUACCGUGACAUGCACACCUCUUACCAGUUAUGAAAGAUGGGCAAGGCUUUUAGGCGUUGAUGAAAAGUUCACAGGACCAGCUCCAAGGAAAUUGACAGGAAAAUAUGUCACCUGGUUUGAAGUUACACUAGAACAUCAUGGUAUACCUUUAGAACAAUUUUUGGAAUAUUGGCGAGACGAAGCAGCUUCAGUCUUAGAACAACGCAGUAACGGACAAUUCGAAAUUGAAAUUUUCAAAGUACUUGGUGAAAGAAAAGUGCAUGUGUUUUCAUGUAAAGAUAAUCCGGAAGACUGGGAAGGCCUAAUGUUAAAACUUCCGAUGUGGGUCAAGAUGGGAGACCAGAUUUACAAGAAGACGAAACUCGUCACAAAAAUGUUAUAACAAAGACUGUAGUGUUUUCAUCAAAUAUUACUUGAUUUUAAAAGUGAAUGAGACUAAUUAAUUUGUUUUCAAACGUUUUACAUUGUGUGUAUGAUUUUUUUGUUACUGAUAAUAAAUAAAUACAACCUUCCA